GACGUUUGGAAAUUUGACGGCGGUGUUAUUGUAAAAAUGUAAUGCGUUGUAAAUAAUUAAUUUUCUUCGUUUUUCGCGUAGGGGAAAAAUAAAUACGUUUCGACGGAAUGCGUAAUGUGAUAUUUAAGCUAGAUUACUUUUGCAAUCAUUUAUUUUUAGCACAACAAGAAUUUCUUAAUAGACAAAUCUUUCUCCUCGUUAACUAUAUUAUUUUACAAGCGCAUAAACACAGGUAGUAUUAAGAUUACCAGUUACCAUAAAUAUAAUGAUUGCAGAAAUAGGCACAGAGGGCUUUCAGCCAAUGACAAGUUUUACUGAAGAAAGGCUAUUUAAGUUACAAUGUUUGAUUAAAGCAACAGAGAUACAACACAGUGCACAAUGUGAAUAUGGAAAAAGAUUAUUUUUAGCAUUUACAACAGGAAAUGCUGACAUUUUUUUGUAUUAUAAGAAAGAUUCAGUAUCUACUGCAGUAAUUAAAAGAAUACCUUGGUUCCAAGGAUCUCACAAACAAAUCUCAGCUCUAUGUUUUCAUUCUAUGGGAUCAUGGUUGCUCACUACAAGUGUUGAUGGAUCUGUAUAUAUAAUCCCUGCUCUAUACUUCGUAGAUGAAAAUUGCGAGAAGGACAAAAGAUGGACUAGUGAUGAUAUAACUUCUUUUCCUUCUAUUAGUUCACAGUCAUCCCAUUCAAAGCCUACUGCAAUUGUAUGGUGGCAAAGUAUAGUAAUACCAGCUGAAAUUGGUAUUAUUGGAACUGAGUAUGGAGAGAUUAUAUUUAUAAAUCUUGAAACUGGCCAUCAAACAAAUGUCACACAAAUCAAAGGGAAUAUUGCCAGUUUGCAUAUUUGUCGCGAUCAAAGUAAUGAUAUUGUAUCUCUUCUGAUAACAAGCCAAUCCAGAGAACAGUGGAGAUUACUUUUGGAGCAGCGUACAUACAGUUGUUUGCAUCAUUUAGAGAAUGGGGAAUCAUAUAAUACGUUGCAUACAAAUGAUAACAUGUAUGAUAAUACCAAGAUAUUUGCUUCUACUAGAUCCAGAUUGCAAGGACUUAAACAGUUGUCUGUGGAAAAAAUUGCAAUUCUUAGACAAAAGUUAAUAGAAACAAAAAAUCAGACAUUAGGAGAAAAUUUACAAUAUCAUGAUAUUACGAGCAAUAGAAAUACACAAAAUAUAACUAUUAAUUCUGACUCUUCUACAGAGGUAAAUCAGAAUCAGAUAACACCAGAAGCAAUGUCAAAAGAUGUAUUUCUAAUGUCUCAGUUAGAUAGGGAUGGACAACAAUUCUAUACAUGUUACCAUUCUAUUACAAAUCAGAUAUUGGUAUAUGGACCUAAUUUUACUACUGUACCUUUAUCAGCGCAUAAAGUAUUUGAAUCAUGUCGAAAUGUUUUAUUAACUCAGCGAUUUUUUUUUAUUACUGACGUCAGUCAACGUGUAAUAUAUGUAAUAUCAGACAGAUUAUCCGAAACUCGUAAGAGUGAUAAUGGCAAAUUUAAUCCAGAGUGUAUUGUUGGUCAUUUUUCUUUGGUGAAUAGUAAAGAAGUUAUACGUGCAGUGUACAGAGCUAUUGAUUGUACAAAUAGUGCACCAACAACACUUUCUGAAGAAAUUAAACAUAAAUACACGUUACCAAAGGGAGUAAGAGAUAUUAAAAUCGAAUUACCUCAUGUGGAUACUUGUAUAGUUGUAACAAAUCAUUCUGUAUAUAAAAUUGUUUUAAGGAAAUCAAUAUUAUCAAUUUUUAUGGAACUAGUAUUAAAAAAUAAUGAACUUGAAAAAGCAGCAAAGUUGGCUAUAGUACUCGGUAUUAAUGCACAACAAUUAUUAGAGCAAGCUGGUGAUAUACUUUUAACUAAUAAAGAAUUUCCACGUGCUGUAGCUUGCUAUAAAUUGUCUAAAUGUAGAAUAAUGAAGAGUAUGUUAAAAUUUGCUUCUGUUGGUUAUACAGCGGAUUUAUUACGUUGUCUUACACAUUGUUUAACUUCCCCGGUUAUUAGCGAAAUGCCUGUUGCACCAAGAAUACAUCUUUCUAACUUAUGUGUUCUCUCUUUUAUCGAACGAACGCUUCGAGCUUCAUCUCAAAAGUCCAAGGCUAUAUAUAAAGAAUUUUUGUAUUUCUUAUCUACAAAUUCUUUUUACGAUGAAUUGUUAGCAGUUAAUAUCGCUGGACAGACGUGUCUGUGGGAAGUGUUACAUCAUUUAGCAACACAGAAGGGCCUUUAUGGACAAAUGUUAGAUAUUCUUAUGAGGACAAUACAUACUUUCAGCACAAGCAAUUUCCAACCAACACCAUAUGGUUUGUUGAUAUGUAUAAGUGAACCAAGUCUAAUGCAAGCAAUGUUAGUCUAUCCUGAGUUAGCUAGAAGUCAUAUGUCAUUUAUUCUUGAUAAUCUUCAAGACUCUCAAAUUUUUGUACUUCAGAGAUUAGUAACACUAUACGAUCCAACGAAUCCAGUAAUAAGACCUAGGGUAGUGCGAUGCCGAUUACGUCAUAGAACUACUUCGCACAGUUCUCAAUCUAGUCAAUGUGAUUCUAUAGAUCUCGUGGAAAAUGAUGAGGCUGAUACACUCAUAGAAGAAAUUAUAGAAACUUUUUUACUAAUUUUACUGACUUUGAUUUGUAAAAAAUCUAUUUUACAUCAAGAAUCUAUUACAUGUAACAUUGAAUUAUUAGAAUUUAAGAAGGAUCAUAGAAAUACUAAUUCUGGUGCUGAUUUCAAAAGAAGACCAUUAUGUGCUGGAUUUUCUCAUGUUGCUCUUAUUAGGAACGGAAAUGUUUAUACAUGGGGGAGUUCUGUGCAUGGAUGUUUGGGAAUUGGUCCAUCUGUAUUGAGAUAUGGUUCACCUCAAGCUAUAACUUUUUUCUGGCUUAUGGAAGUUGAGGUUCUCAGUGUAUCUUGCGGUCACUGUCAUACUCUGGCAGUAACUAAUAACGGCGUUUACGCGUGGGGUUCAAGUCAGUUUGGUCAACUAGGUCUGGGGAAAGUUUUACAAUGUUCAACCCCUGAAUUGAUCACUUCUUUGGCUCAAGAAGUCAUUAUUGAUGCUGUAGCUGGACAAUACCAUUCAGUAGCAUUGACUGCAGAUGGUAGAGUUUUCACAUGGGGUUGGGGUGUUCAUGGCCAAUUGGGUCAUGGUAAUACUGACAAAAAAAUGACUCCCACGUUAGUUACGUCUUUACUUGGUACCGUUAUACGUUACAUUACUGCCGGUCAUGCACAUACAUUAGCUCUUUCAACAGAGGGUAUCGUGUAUGCAUUUGGUUGUAAUAUUUUUGGACAAUUGGGUGUGGGUAGUAAUGUUAAGAGUUCAGUGCCAAUGAAAGUUUCGUUAUCAGAAAGAAUAACUCUUAUCACAACUGGAUAUUUUCACAAUCUUGCUGUUAGUUAUACAAAUAAGUUAUAUAUAUGGGGAGCUAGUCCCCAAGUUCUCCGAUUGCAAGCACAAACGCAAAAACGAACUCGAAUAUUGGAACAACGAGACUUGAAGCAGUUUGAAAAUAUUGACGAGUUCGAAAAAGUCACGGAUUCUGCAAACAUGAAUGAUACAAAUGAAGAAGUCUUAGAAAAUAAUGCACAAAAUAGAAAUGUACAAUCAAAAGCAUGCGGUAUUAGUACAGAAUCGCGAAAAAAAUUAGAUAACAGUUGUUUAAAAAGUGUAAACGUCGGGUCCCUUGAAGAAGCUCAAACACAUUUAAAACCAACCAUUGUAGAUACGAGUUUAGUCAAAGGGGAUAUCAUCCGGAUAUCGGCUGGUUGCCAUCACAAUGCUCUCAUAACGAAGGAUGGAUCGCUUUAUAUGUGGGGCAGAAAUUUGGAUGGUCAGAUAGGCAAUGGUAGCAGACGGGAAGUGCCGAUUCCUACGCCACUGUGUUACAAUCCUGCUUCGAUUUUUGCACAAGUACCACCAAGGCAUAAUGCUUACAAACGAGUGGAAGAGGAACAAGAUUUAAACGACGAUGUAAAGAAUUCUGCGGUGAACGAGAAAAAUGGAAAUGUACAUGAUGAAGCCAGAUCAUUCCAGGCAGAAAGUAGUAAAUCCAAGGAAAAAAUAAACCCUAUAAUUAAAACUGUUGCAAUUCACUGCGGAUACGAUUAUACAGUCGCUAUUCAACCAGGAGGUACAGUUCUAGCUUGGGGUAAUAAUAGUAGAGCACAAUUAGGUCGGCUUCCUGCAAAAGAUGCACGUGACACCGACGAUAAGCUUGUGUUGAUUAAAAAGCGAGUUGUACGGCUCCCUCACGCAUCGCAUGUAGCUUUGGACGUGCCUAGUCAAGUUCCUAAUAUUCCCGCUCCCAUUAUUUCUUAUCAAAGUUAUGAUAUACCCUCUCUGGCGGGUAUAAUUCGUCCUUUAAGCGUUAUCGAAAAAUCACCAGGAGAAUUGACGCUACAUUAUGCAUUAGAAUAUUUCUCUGGUUUAUAUGAUUCCUCAAGAAUUAUAGAGAAGUGUGUCGAGUUGGGAAACUAUCAAGCUUGCUCAAAAAUAGCUAUGCUACAGCAUAAUAUUUCCGAUGCGUUUUCGUAUCAAUUGAAAAUUUUACAUGUAUUGAGUCUGCAAUCUUGCUCAAAAGUGAAGUCUGAAAAUUUGCGCGAAAAGACAGAACGAAAGUCUUUGGAUGAGUCUAAUUUAAAGAAGUCUUCAUCAGCACAUCACGUUAGAAAAAACACUGAACUUUUUAACAAACAGAUAGAGAAGAAUCUGAUUGAUUCUGUAAAAGAUUGCGCCGCUAGGAACAAAAUGAAAAUUCCUGCAAGCAAAUCAUUGAAUAGUCUGCAAACGCUUCAACAAGAACUAUACACAUUCGAUUGUCAGGGUGGCUUAGAAGAACUGUGCAGAGAUAUUAAAUGUGAAAAUGCACCUAUGGGGAUUUUCGGGGAUAGUUUCGAUUCUGACACUAGUUCUGAUUCGGAGGAAUGGUUGGAAAGUCUUAUUUUCAAGGAAAACCAAUUACCAAGGCAAAAAAAAGCAGAGACAUCCACUAAAGAUAGUUCUUCUCCUCCUUCUACUCCUAUGAAGGAAGGUAUAGAUCAGUUGCCCAAAAGCAACGGGACAUUUUAUGAAAAGAAAAUUGCUCGAUCUCGGCAGAAUAAUAUAACCAAUGAAGCUAUAAAAGUUAUUAAGUUUUUCUUGAAUGAAAUGGAAAACGAAGUGGACACUAUCAAGUGUAAAAUGUUACAAGAUGCACUGGAGUUCUGGAUUAAACACGAUUUACCGAUACAAAGUAUAGAGAAUAUAUUUUUGGAACACAUUCAAUCGAUCUUUUAUCCCCUUGGAUUGCUGUUAUUCUGCCAAGAGAUCAUGGAUAAAUAUUUGGAUAUAAAUAAAAAUAAUAGCGAAGCUAAAAACUUUAUUGCAAUUAACUGUUUUUCUCUUAAGUUUUGUCUUCAAGUAUGUUCCAUGUUAUUACAUCAUAUCGAUCAAAGCCAACCUAUGCCUGAGUUCAUUAAACUAUUAUCUUCCUUAAUGGCUGACCAAUUUGGACCGCCAUUGACUGGAUAUCCAGGCUCAAGUGGAAAUAAUACUCCAAAAGAAAUGAUGGAAGGAGUUAUAAGCACUGUGUCUUCUAAUAUUCAUGACUCCAAAUCUUUUGUACACAUUAAGGAUCCGGAUGCAGUAUAUCGAUUUCUCGAGGCUGAAGAAGAUACAAUGAUAUUCACGUGUGGACAUCAUUUUCCAUUAGCUACAUAUAAAACCGAAGUAAUUCCAACGAUGGAAACCGAAUUACUGGGAUCCGAAUCAUUAGUUCUUCCACAUACAGCCCAGUACUUAGGAAAAAUGUUAUCUCAGACUACUAAGCCGGAAAUACUAUGUCCUUUGUGUAUACCGAGAGCAUUGGAAACAUUGGCGAAGAAACAUGGUGGGUGAGAAGUAUGUACCUGACAUUUUAUUUUAACGAAAAAGAACAAAAUGACAGAAAAAGGUGACAUAUAACUUUUUCUUAGAAUCUUAACGAACUCUAAAAUUGUACACGUGAAAGAGUGAACUUUUAAAUUAAUUUUAAUGAACUAAAACAUUAAACCAACACUGAAAUGUAGUUAAUGUAAAUUAAAAUAACAAUUACGUUUAAAUUUAUUGACAACACUUGCCAUCGCAAUUGCGUUAUAUUCAAUAAACAUUACAAAGCACUGCAAACAACUAAAGCUCUCUAUAUCUUUGAAAUUAUAUUUUUUAGAUUAUCUAUAGAUAUAGAUAAUUCUACAUAGACAUCAUUAUAGUGCACUAUAUGUUUCAUUACUUGAGAACAUGCAUCUUGUCCAAUAUCAGGAGGAUUAUUUCAUUAUGCACUUUAAAAUUGAACAUAUUCACUGAAACUAGAUACAUAUUAUGUGUUCAUGAAUUGUCAAGUGAUAUUUCAAAUACUUUACUAAAAUCAUCAUGAAUUAACAAGGGAUAACAUUAAGUAUUAACAUUUUGAGUAUACACAUUUAAAUUUGUGAAUCUCAGAAAAUUAAAAAAGAUGUAGUGAAAUAUAUCAUUUUCAAUUAAUAUUCAACAUCCAGUCAGCACUAUAUUUUAAAAGAUAAGUUAGAGAUUCAAAUACAACGAUGUAACGUGA